AUGGCGGACCAUAUCCCGGUCUCUAACGUGGCUCCGCCUGACCGAUUUUACCUCGCCUAUUUCAUCUUCCUGCUGCUGGGAGUCGGCUUUCUCCUCCCGUGGAAUGCCUUCAUCACAGCCGUUGAUUACUUCUACCUGCUCUAUCCAACGGCCCACGUCGCGACGCUGUUUUGCGUCGCUUACAUGUUCGCCAACCUCGGCACUUUGAUUCUCGUUCUGUUGUACGGCCAGCAUGUCCCCUCUCGCACGCGCAUUGUCAAUGGCUUCAUCGCAUUCACUCUCCUCGUCCUCCUCGUCCCUGCGCUCGACGCCCUCUCCGCUCCCGGCGCCAUCCCUCCCAACGCCGUCCAAGACGCAGAUAGUCCCGCCGUGGCCACGACUCCCGCCAUGAAUCCCGCCGCGUCGUCGCCGUUGGCGCUGGCGCUGACAGUAGCGGCGGUGGCGGCGUCGGGAGCGAUAGAUGCGGUGGUGCAAGGGAGUCUCUUCGGCAUGGCGGGCGAGCUGCACGAGCGGUACACGCAAGCCCUCGCUGCUGGGACCAGCGUUUCAGGCAUCGUGGUGUCCGUAGUGCGCAUUCUGACGAAAGCGGUUCUCCCCAACACGCCCACGGGCCUGCGCCUCUCCGCGCACCUCUACUUCCUGCUCUCCGCGCUCAUCCUGCUCGUCUGCCUCCUCGCCUUCCGCCGCCUCCACUCGCUUCCCGUCAUCGUCUUCCUCCAAUCCCAGGUCGCCGCGCUCGCUGAAGCUGAGCGCCGGGCUCGGGACAAGGCUCGGAAGGAGGCCCGGCGAGCCGGGCCUGGCUCGGGCGCUGUAGCAGCAAAGGCAAUCUGCCAUGGUGGGAGUGGGAGAAGUGGGGGGAAAGUGGCGGGGGAAGGACAUGCCGGGGAAGGGCGCAUGGGGGAGAGUGUGGGGGUGUACAGUCAGGCGGAGGAACGGGAGGUUGCUGCGGAGGGGGGGUUGGCGGGUGCGGGUGAGGACGAGUCUCUAGAGCCGCUGGUGAAGCGAGUGGCGACGAUAGAGGAGGAGCAGGUGAUUCGGCAGCUGCUGCAGAUUGAAGACGAGUCGGAGUGGUGGGAGCAGGAGCGAGCGCGGGACCUUACAGGCAUAGAAGGAGAAGGAGAAGAAGAAGGAGCAGGAGCAGGAGCAGCAGGAGCAGGAGCAGCAGUGACAGUAAGAGAAGCAGGAGCAGAAGCAGAGUCGGUGGCUGAUGGUGCUCCGCUGAUGGACGGGUGUAGCGCCAGCUGCAGCGAGAUAGCCGAGAUAGACUGGGAAUGGGAAGGCCAACAGCAGCACAGCCGGCUAGCUACCCCUCCCCCUUGCCCAGUCCCCACCACACUCCCUCCCCUUCCCUCUCCUGGCCCCCACACUCCACUCAACCCCCAUCCCCGACCUGUGUUUUCAGCCCCGCUCGCUCCGCUACGGUGGGUCGUUUCGUCUUCUAGCUGCUGCUGCAAUUCCUCCACUCGUUCACGCAGCUCUGCCACCCGCCUGUCCGCCGCCCGGAGCGACCUCUCUGCCGCUUCCCGGGCGGCGACUGCUGCUGCUGCCAGCUCAUCGCGUGACGUCAGCAUGGCUUGUGCCUCCUCUGCUGCUCUCUGCCACUUCUCUGCUUCACCCUCCAGUGUAAGAAGCUGGAGAGGGGGAUUUGGGAGGAGUUGA